CAGUGACACUAGUCUUGGCACAUGUAGCUGCUUCAGGAUUUGUAGUCGCACUCGCUGCGACCGAUAAGUUCGCAGGCUCAUCCACAUUCCUCUUGGGCAAGCAACCUUCUGGGAAAAUCUCCUGGUGGGGCUGGGCUCUUUUGUGGCCCUACCACGUCUCUCUCAGAACAAAGCUGUGGAUCCAGCGUUAUACCAGAGAGGAGCCAGUCUGGAACCACAUCAUUGACGGAUGGUACCUGGGAGGUUGGCCAGCUUCACCAACAAUGGUGCCUGACGGAGCUCCUGCCAUUCUGGAUUGCACGUGCGAGCUGCCACGUCUUCAGAAGCACCUACCCUAUGACAACCUUGCGGUCUGGGAUACACAUGGUCCCAGUGUGAGGCAGAUUGACGAGGGCGUGAAAUGGGCCCUGAAGCAGAGGGAGUCUGGGCGGCCUGUCCUGGUGCACUGCGCCCACGGCCAUGGGCGUUCAUUGGUGGUCAUGUGCGCCAUCCUUGUUGUGAACGGGCUCGCUGGCGAUUUCCUGGAGGCCUAUAAGAUUGUUAAGGCUGCCAGGCCCAAAGUGCGCCUCAACGGCCGCCAGCACAAAGCACUGGUGCAAUGGCAGGAGCACAUGAAGGGGCGCACAAAAGCCAUGUGAUGCAUGCAGUCCAGUAAUAUUUUGAUU